ACAACCUAACCUCUUUUUUGGCAUUUAAUGAUUUAUUCGACACAUGUGUUUUUAAUGUUUUGAUCGGGUUUUCAUAGUUUUUAUAUAUAAAAAUAAGGUGAAGUGUUAAAAUACAGAAUGACAAUUACCGAGGAAUCGCUCGCUGGUUUCAGAACAUUAUGGCUGCGUUACGAAGCAGGAGGUUCAGAUCGAAACCAAUUGUUCAUAAAAGAACACUCAGGGAGAAAUCAAGCUGCUGAAUAUCCAAGAGGACGAACGUUAUUCGUAGUAAAUAUUCCACCUUAUGCAACUGAAGAUUCAGUGAAACAUGCAUUCAGCAAAAAGUGCGGACCUGUUAAAACCGUCACUUUUGCGACGAGUCCUGGAAACCCAGAGAAAUUUACAUACGUCGUUUUCGAAAAAGAAUCGAGUUUAGACAAAGCACUUUCGCUAUCAAAAGAAACAAUUUUGAAUCUUAGUUCCUCAGACAAUCCUCUCUUUACUGGCUUAAAGAAAUGGUGUAAAGAAUACAAUGAAUCCAUAUGCGACGAAACAGCCACGAAGAAGCAAAUAGAGCAGUACAUGGAAAAGUAUGAUCAACGAAUCGCAGAACGUCUAGAAAGAGAAAAGGCAGCCGAGGAAGGAGACGCAGAUGGUUGGAUCCAGGUUACGGGCAGAAAAAAGCGAGGAGAAUUCGCACUUGCUCGAAAAGAAUCCACAAUAAACAAACUGCAAAACAAAUUGGAAACCAGUAUUCGGAAAAAGCAGCUGCGCAACUUCUACUCAUUCCAAAUUCGCGAGGCCAAAAAGCAAAACUUGGCAGAGCUUCGCAAGAAAUUCGAACUCGACAAGAAAAAGUUGCUGCAGAUGAAACAAACUCGGACAUUUAAACCUUUCUGAAGUUGUUGAGUACUUUGUUGAGAAAAUCAUGGAAAUGUUAAAAAUUACUUUUAAGAAAUUAUAAGAAUAUUUUUAAACUCAAGGAUCUUUUUUUGUAAACUUAUAAUAUACAAAUAUACAAAUAAUCUAA